CAACCCCGGGCAAUUGGAAGGAACCUUGUAACCUAGGAACUCCGUGUCUGCAGCUCUCUGCCCUCAGAGGGGAGAAGAAGACAGUUGCCAAUGCUCUGUGGUCUGAGGCUGAAAUUGUAGAGACCUGGAAGUACCAAGACCCAGGAAACUCUACUGUCAAGAGGCCCCUCCUAGAGAGGCACCAGUUUCACAACUCGGGCAGUGGGUUCCACUUCUGCAAGAGAGAAUAACACUUCCAUUUCAUUCCUAGAGGAACAAGGAAGAGCGGCAGAAGUGACGUGCUCUCUGACAUAGUGCAUUCCUGAACUACGGAAGAGUCGGCCCAGGCCUUGCCCCAGCCCAGGCCCUGCCUGAGCACAUGGCUGCAGAGUUAAUGCCAGGUGUGCCGCAGUGGUAAGCUGGAGGCACCAUAUUUUCCCCUUCAAGAGGAGUGCUCCCAAGAGCGAAGACCUAUCUCCACAGCACCUGGCCAGAAGAAGACUCUGCAAGAGUUUGUUUAUUACACGCCUGCCAGAUUCAAGAAAACCUGUGGUGUCUGCUCAUCUGUUCUUAUAAAGCAAGGACAAACUGUCUCCAAAUGGCCUGUGGAGUAUCAGGCUACACCCUGUAAGCUGGAGCUAUGGAGAGGCCCCUCACAGUCCUGCAGGUGAGCCUGUACCACCCCACGCAGGGCCAGGUCGCCUUUGCCCAAGUCCCACCGCAGCUGCAACAUGAUGCCAGCCGGCUGCUGGUUGGGCGAGGGCAGGACACCCACCUCCAGCUGCAGCUGCCACAGUUGUCUCGCCACCAUUUGUCCCUGGAGCCCUACAUGGAGAAAGGCAGCAGUGUGCUGGUCUUCUGCCUCAAAGUGCUGACCCGCAAGAGCUGUGUGUGGGUCAACGGGCUGCCACUGAGGUACCUGGAGCAGGUUCCCCUGCACACUGUCAACAGGAUCUGCUUCUCUGGCGUCCAGAUGCUGGUCCGCAAGGAGGCGGGUACCUCCCUUGAGGCCUUUGUCUGCUACUUCCAUCUCAGUCCUUCACCCCUGAUUUACAGACCCAAGGCUCAGGAGACAGACGAAUGAAUGGGAAAACACUGUUAAGAAAAAGACUCCCCCUGUUUUGGGGGAGGCAACUCAUGAACUCCCGGGGGUCUCUCCAUGGCCUCUCCCAGUCUCGGACAGCUGCUUCCCUGCCAAGUCCGGGAGAAGCAAUAGAAACAAAGUUGCAGAAGGAGCCCUAAGACGGUGCACUCCACCAGCCCUGCUGGGGAGCGCAAGCCUUACACAAACAGGCUUUGAGAUAGUUGAGUUGUAUCAUGUAAGGUUGACACACAGAGUUCACAUGUAAAGUCCACUGGCUGCCACGGUCACAAGGAACUAAUGCGGUAAACUUUGAGCAGCCCAGGGCCGGAGAAGUGCCCUCAAUGGCUCCAGGUAAUGGGAACUUCAUAUACUUUUAGAGGUCCUGAGGGCUUCUGGGAGCCUCUCCCAGCAUUCUGUGUCCCCCUCCCAUUUCCUUCAUUGUCUGGCUAGGAGUUACUUUAUGUGCUUCAUCUCCCAUGAUGCCUAAGGGCAGGAACAUGGGGUUGCAGCAGGAAUGUAAGGACAGGGGGAGAAAUUAUGUCUGUGGUAGCUCGGGGUUAGCUUCAGCUUUCAAAUACCCACAGGCGCUCAGGGCUUAGGGAAGCCUGCGUUUAAUAAACUAAAACUAUUUCAUUACAUUGGCAUGCCCAGUAGGAUUCCCUGAGGCCCAGAUGGGCCACAUGUA